ACUACGCUGCUAAAAUAAUUCAUAAACACAGACUGGUAAAACGAGAUAACACUAUGAAGAAACUGGAAAUGGAAGCGCGGGUAUGUAGAAAAUUGAAUCACCCAAAUAUUGUUAGAUUGCAUAAAGUCAUCAGUCUGGAAAAAAUUCAUGUUUUUUUAUUCGAUCUGGUGACCGGAGGGGAAUUGUUCGACGACCUCGUCACCAGAGACGGUAACUACACCGAGGAGUUGGCUGCUAAGUGUAUGUUUCAAAUGUUGGAAGCGAUCAAAUACUGCCAUACAAUGGGAGUGGUCCACAGGGAUUUGAAGCCCGAAAAUAUUCUGUUGGAGAGCAAAGAGAAGAAGAUUAUCAAACUAGCAGACUUUGGAUUAGCCGUGGAGGUUGAGGGUGACCAAGAUAAGUUUUUCGGUCUCUCCGGUACUCCGAACUACAUGGCUCCCGAGGUGCUAGAGAUGAAACCCUACGGCAAACCCGUGGACUGCUGGUCUUGCGGGGUCAUCAUGUACAUACUACUGACUGGACAACAGCCGUUCUACCACCAAGACCCGAGGAAGCUGGAGAAGCUGAUCAAAGAAGGUGACUACUACUUAGACUCUCUGACGUGGAGUCACGUCACUCCUGAAGCCAAGGACCUGAUGCAGAAGCUACUGUGUGUUGUACCCAAACAUCGACUGACGGCUGCCCAAGCCCUCCAACAUCCGUGGUUCGUCAAGAUCAGAACGGCCAAACGAACUUGGCUUCAUCGCUCCGAUACAUUCGAGGCACUCAGGCGCUUCAAUGCUCGACGUAAAAUGAGAGCCGCUAUUAACACGACCUUGUUUAUUUCCAAGUGUUAUUUAACGGCUAAGAGACGUGAGGGAGAUAACAGUUCGUCGCAUUCCACCGUUCCUUCAGCUGUGGUUUCUAAUAAAAGUAGUAGAAAAGGGCUAUCUAAAUCUACCAAAAAGUAA